AUGCUGGAGACCUACAGAAACCUUACUACUAUAGGAUACAGUUGGGAAGACCAUAAUAUUGAAGAACAUUUUCAAAGUUCUAGACAACAUAAAAGGCAUGAAAAACCACAAAAUAGAUUGAAACCCUAUGAAUGCAAUGAGUGUGGCAAAGCCUUUGCACAUCGUGGUGCUCUUAAAAGGCAUAAAAGAACCCAUACUGGAGAGAAACCCUUUAAAUGUAAUCAGUGUGGUAAAGCCUUUGCAGUCCAUACGUCUCUUCAAGUGCAUGUAAGAAGAACCCAUACUGGAGAGAAACCCUAUGAAUGUAAUCAGUGUGGUAAAGCCUUUGCAGGUCGCCCUCAUCUUCACAGUCAUGAAAGAAUCCAUACUGGAGAGAAACCCUUUGAAUGUAAUCAGUGUGGUAAAGCCUUUGCACAACAGAGUACUCUGAAAAUGCACAUGAAAACACACAAUGGAGAGAAACCCUAUGAUUGUAAUCAGUGUGGUAAAGCCUUUGCAUAUCCCAGUUUUCUUAAAUAUCAUAAAAGAACCCAUACUGGAGAGAAACCUUUUGAAUGUAAUCAGUGUGGGAAAGCCUUUGCCCGUCACAGUACUCUUCAAAAGCAUAAAAGAACCCAUACUGGAGAGAAGCCCUAUGAUAAUAAUCAGUGUGGUAAAGCCUUUGCAGAUCGCAGUAAUCUUAAAAUGCAUGAAAGAACGCAUAUAGUAGAGAAACCCUAUUAA